GGCCUGGUUUAUGGGUUAAUAAAGUCGGUCUCUUUCUCUUUUACUUUAAACGUCAAAAUUAUGUAAAUGAGGCUGCGCGUCCAGGCAGCUGAGGACAGACACUCCAAAAUGGCGAACCGCGAGAAGGCUAAAGAGCUGGAGGAGGAGAUUUACGACAAGGUGGUGGACAUCACAGAAUACGCCAAACGACAGAGAUGGUGGAACCGUCUGUUCGGGAAAAACUCCGGACCUGUUGCAGAGAAAUACUCCGUGGCCACACAGAUAGCCAUCGGGGGGGUCAGUGGAUGGUGUGCAGGAUACCUGUUUCAAAAAGUGGGAAAAGUUGCAGCUACAUCAGUCGGAGGAGGUCUGCUGCUCUUACAGAUAGCGAACAAUAGUGGCUACAUCCAGGUGGACUGGAAGAGAGUAGAGAAGGAUGUCAACAAAGCGAAGAAGCAACUUAAGAAGGGCACUAAUCAGGCUGGUCCAGAGUUAAACACAUUCAUGGAGAAGACCACAGAGUUUGUGAAGAAAAAUAUCGUUGUCACGAGUGGUUUCAUUGGUGGAUUCCUGCUCGGCCUGGCCUCUUAGGAACCGCCAAAGAAGAAGCCUUUCUAAAUCUGCGACGUAAUGAAAUCUUUGGGAAACAGGGAAAAUCACUGCUGGAGGUGUUUUUAAGAAGAAACAGCCAAUCUCUGACCUUAGCUUAGGCUGUGUUCCUCUGUAAAGGCUGCACAUCUAAACUGGAUCUCUGUGGGACUUUAAUGAACCACUAAAGAAAAUCUCCACUUUUAAGGCCAAAUAACUGCAUACCAUGCAAAAUGAAAAAAAAAAGCCAUUGGGAUGUUGUAAACUUUUAUUUAUUUAUUUUUUACCAAUUUGAUUUUGAAACACAUUGAAAGAUUCUGCACUAUUACUGCUCGCAUGUUGUGCACAUUUAUGUCAAAUGAAGUGUGAGUAGGUAAAAUGAUUCUUCACUUUAGCAGGUGAAGCCCAUCAGUCCCAUUAUUAUUGUCUAGGAUUGCUUUUACCUCAUCUGUAGAGUUAUGGCUACAUCAUUGAUGGAUAAUGCAAACUUCCCCUGCAUUCUUUUAUUGAAUAUUGAUUAUCGGAUGCUUUAAGUACUGAAGGCUGUGUCUACUGUGUACAUUUGAAGAACUAUUAAAACAAUAAAACCAA